AUGCCCGUGGCGCUAACGCAGCACGUGGACCGCUCGCAGAAGUCCCUCCUGAAAGGCCGCACGGGCUACGUGCAUUCCUGGGAUUGGAAGGACAACCCCGCUCCGGCAAAGCUUUUUUUCGCCCCAGCAAUUAAUCCAAGCUCCUCGCCUGCAUCGCCGCACGCAACAAGGUACGUGAAGUUCGAGGGCGCCCAGUGGACGCUGGACGGGACGACGGAGCCCGGACUCUAUCCCAUACUGCCGGUGAAGCGCACCUGGAAGCUCGACAAGAACAGGAAGCCUUCGGUGCUGAAGGUGCACAGGAAGCAGAUUCCUCUCGUCCCGGCCUUCGCCAUCACGGCCCAUGCCAGUCAAGGCAAGACGCUGCCGCUCGGCCGCACCGCCCGACGCAACCAUCGACCGACCGGCAAGUCAAAAGGCCCCGACCUCCUGCGGAAGCUCCGGGGCGAGCACAUCGACUGGGACGCCUUCCGCGAGGCGCGCUGGCCCAAGGCCCGGUGCCAAGGGUGCCUGGAGCUCAAAAGUUUGGACCUCUUCGCGCACGCGCAGUGGGAAAAGAUCCGGGCCAACCUUGAAGCCACCUGCCUGGCCUGCCAGCGAAAGAACAAGGACGGGAAGAGGCCGCGGAAGAGGAGCUUCAACGCCCAGACCGCCGCGCUGAAGAGCAUCGAGUGCAGCAGCUGCAAGGUGACCAAGAUCGAGGAGGCCUUCCCGCGAGCCCAGCUGGCGCAGAAGGACGCGGAGAAGAAGCGCCAGUGCUCGGCCUGCCGCCGCGCCCUGAGCGAGCUUACCUGCACCGUGUGCCGAACCCGAAAGCCUGCGGGGGAGUUCGCGCCCAGCAUGUGCACGAUGCCGGACAACGCCUUGGCCUGCCUGGCCUGCCAGCAGCAAAAAAAAGGCAAACACAAUUUCUACCGGACAGGCUGGUUCUAUUGCAAGGGGUGCCAGCAAAGCUUCCCCGAAGCGGCAGCGGGCACCGCCACCUGGCAGAACUGCCUCAACUGCUCCAUGCGCUCAACCCGGCAACCUGGAUGGCAGACCUGCAUCAAUCGCAAGUGCAAGAAGCGCUUCCAGGGCACGCAAAGGGGACUGUGCCCGGACUGUGCACAUCGAGCACGACCGCAGAUGCGCUGGAAAAAGAAGCAACAGUGA